GGAAAUAUUACUAACCUCUUUGAUUCAGUCUGAAUUAUCUCUGAAAAAUGCCUGAGUGCUCCUCAAAAUGUGGAAAAAAUGCUGUUCUCAAGAGACCGAAGACUGGUGAUGCUCUCUGUAAGGAUUGCUUUUUCUACGCAUUCGAAACUGAAAUUCAUCACACCAUUGUCAACGGUAAAUUGUUUAAAGAAGGAAAUAAAGUGGCCAUUGGAGCAUCCGGAGGAAAAGAUUCAACAGUUCUCGCAUAUGUUCUCAAAUUGUUGAAUGACCGAUACACUUAUGGACUGGAUUUGUUUUUAUUGUCCAUCGACGAAGGGAUUACUGGAUACAGAGACGACAGUUUGAAGACCGUAGAGCAAAAUCGAGACGAUUAUCAAAUCCCCUUGAAAAUUCUAUCGUACAAAGAUUUAUAUGGAUGGACGAUGGAUGAAAUUGUUGCGCAGAUUGGCAGAAAGAACAACUGCACCUUCUGCGGAGUGUUCAGGAGACAGGCCCUGGACAGAGGAGCACAAUAUCUCAAAGUGGACUGCAUUGCCACUGGUCACAACGCCGAUGACAUCGCUGAAACUGUUCUGAUGAAUAUCCUGAGGGGAGACGUCGCAAGGCUCUCCAGGUGCACCUCCAUCAUAACAUCUGGUGACGACUCCAUAAUGCGGUGCAAACCCCUGAAAUAUGCAUAUGAAAAGGAAAUUGUCAUGUACGCGUACUUUAAGAAACUCGUGUACUUCUCUACGGAGUGUGUAUUCGCACCGAAUGCGUACAGAGGACAUGCCAGAACUUUUCUCAAGGAUUUGGAAAAAAUUCGAUCGUCAGCGAUUCUCGAUAUUAUUCACUCCGGGGAGAGGAUGACUAUUAAUACAGAGACUGUAAAAAUGCCUGUGAGGGGUAAAUGCAGUCGUUGUGGUUUCGUUUCCAGUCAGGAAAUAUGCAAGGCUUGUAUUUUGCUGGAGGGACUCAACAGGGGACUUCCAAAAUUGGGAAUUGGAAAGUCCCAGAAAGCCCUGCAAAUUGUUACUUCUAACAUUUCACCAGAUCUAAUUUAGUAUUCCUUGAAAUAUAUUAGAACUAAUUGAAAUUAUUGACCUUUUCUAUAAAAACAAAUCAAGUUAUUGUCUUCCGAAUGGAUUUCCAC